AUGAGUUGGAAUGAGGGACACAUUUGGAAAGGUGCUAUUGAUACUAGUGGAGAUUAUCUCUGUUAUCAAUACAUUGUCAAAUAUAAAGGCCAACUAGAAAGAAUAGAAGAGUGUGAUUGGAGAAAGGUUUUUAUGCCUAGUGAUGCAAAGUUCAUUGAAAAGUGGGCAUAUCCUUUAUGUAGUCAAGUCUAUUACUACCCAAUAAAGUCUCUUGUUAUUGAGCUCGACAAUGAACCUCUGAAGUCAGAAAAAUCAGAGGAGAGUUGUGGUGAUGAAAUUUCUGCUGAAGUAGAUGAGGCUAUCAUUAUUUCUGCUGAAAAUGAAAAGGAAGAUAUGGUAGAAGAAGUAAACGAAAAUUUUGUUAAGUCAAAAAAGAUAUGUGGCAACUCUAAGUACAAUAGAAAGGGAAGUCCAGAAUUAGAUUUCCUUAACACACAAGAACAACCAAUAGAGGAAGACAAAUGUAUGAAAGAAAUAAAAAACCAAACUAAGCAACAACUUAUUAAAGAAACAGAAGAAAUAGCAAAGAAGGAAGUAGAAGAAGAGAAAGCAAAACAAGAAGCAGAAGAAAGACUAAGGAAAGAAACAGAAGAGAAAGCAAGAUUAGAGGCUGAAGAAAGAUUAAGAAAAGAAUUAGAAGAGAAAGCAAAACAGGAAGCAGAGGAAAAAGCAAGAUUAGAGGUGGAAGAAAGAUUAAGAAAAGAAGCAGAAGAGAAAUUAAGAAAAGAAGCAGAAGAAAAAGCAAGAUUAGAGGCUGAAGAAAGAUUAAAAGAAGCAGAAGAAAAGUUAAGAAAAGAAGCAGAAGAAAAGUUAAGAAAAGAAGCAGAAGAAAAAGCAAAGAAAGAAGCAGAAGAAAAAGCAAGAUUAGAGGCUGAAGAAAGAUUAAAAGAAGCAGAAGAAAAAUUAAGAAAAGAAGCAGAAGAAAAAUUAAGAAAAGAAGCAAAAGAAAACAAGAAGCAAAAGAAAAACAAGAAGCAAAAGAAAAGGUUGAAAAAGGAAAGGAAAAAGAAGAAAGACAACAACUUAAACAAAGGGAUAUCAAGAAAAAAACAGAAGAUGUUAAGGAAAAAGAUAGCAAAGAAGAUACUGGUCCAAAGGAUGAUGGAUGUGCUAAAAGUGUUUUAUUAA